UCAUGCUCAGGGGAGUCCUCAGUUUUUCUGUUCGGUGCGGCAGCCGAGGCGGAUGGAUCCGAUCCCUUGAAACUCAAUGUAGAUUGGCUUCGCUCUUCAGCGACUCAGUAAAUUUCCACAGUGAGUUGGCGCCGAGGAUCAUGGAAAACCACGACAGAGCGAGUAGCCACGUUAAUGACGAAACGAGCGGCAAGACCGCCUCCACGGAUCUCCUGGACGUUUCAGGGCCGUCAAAUGAGCCUCCCUCGCCUACAUUCUCCAGAACGUCAUCGGAGGGGAGAACAACUUCUUGCCUCGGCGGCAGUUGCAAGAAGCCUCAGCGCAGCGCAUCUCCGGAUUCGCCCACCGACGGCAGAAACCGGGAGGACUUCAUAUCGAAUUUAUCGAGUUAUUUCUCUCGUAAACUCGGUUUUGGAUCCGAAAGGGAUGGAGGAUCGACGAGUAGCGCCGGCCCUUCACAGCCGGCUCACUUCUUGGAGGAACCCACGAUCGACUCGGUCGUGAAGUACAUAAAAAGCGAUAAGUGCCGCAACAUAAUCUUCAUGGUCGGAGCAGGAAUCUCUACGGCAGCUGGAAUCCCCGAUUUCCGGAGUCCGUCCUCUGGCCUCUACUCGAAAUUGGGAAGGUUCAAUCUGCCGUCACCAGAGGCUAUAUUCGAUAUCGGGUACUUCAAGAGAAAUCCAGUCCCCUUUUUCGAAUUGGCCAAGGAGCUCAUGCCACAAAAACUGAAACCCACAUUAGCUCACCAUUUCUUGAAACUCAUGGACGAGAAGGGCUUGCUGCUGCGUUUGUAUACCCAAAACAUCGACACGCUCGAGAGAGAAACGGGGAUCCCUGCCGAGAAACUGGUCGAGGGACACGGCACGUUCAAUACGUCGCGCUGUCUGAGCUGCAAGAAGGAAUACUCCCUGGAGUGGAUGAAAGCCGAGAUCGCGAAAGUAGACAAUGUUCCAAAAUGUACAGUUUGCAAAGACGUUGUGAAGCCAGACAUUGUCUUCUUUGGGGAGAACCUCCCGAGUCGCUUUUUCGAAUUGGCCGAUGAGGAUUUCGCAAAGUGCGAUCUUCUGGUGAUAAUCGGAACGUCUCUCCAGGUUCAACCUUUCGCGGGUUUGGUAGACAGAGUGCACUCAGCAGUCCCUCGGCUUCUCAUAAACCUCGAGAAAUGCGGACAUCAGAAGGACCUCGUCUCGAGAUUGCUCGGUUUCGGCUGCGGCCUUGAUUUCGACUCGGAGAAUAACUACAGGGACGUUGCCCUGCUCGGCACUUGCGACGAAGGGUGCGAGGAGCUCGCGCGGCGUCUUGGCUGGGAGGACGACUUGAAGCGGAUUAUCGCGGACUACGAGAAGUCGUUGCCCGCAGACAACUGACAAGUAUUUUCCCUGGAGCAGUACUUGUCAAUGCCGCUUGGUCAGCCGGAAUGACUGGAGUUUUCUAUCGCUUUUUCCGAAUACGGACCUCAC